AUGGCUUCUGUUGAACUUGAUGCCAAACGCUUUCACAGGAGAGCGCGGUUCCUCAUUUCUCAGUGGAAGAGUCCCACCAAUGCCAAUCUCUUUCAACAAACCGAUGCGAUUCUCUUGCUCAUUGGUGACGACGACUAUGAUAACCCAUACCGCAAGUCAGUGACCGCUGAGACUUGGCUUUUGGGUAUCCCGAUCUAUCAAACUUUGAUCAUGCUCACACCCGAGAAAGCAACCUUUGUGUGCAGUGCCAAGAAAGCCGAUAUUCUCGAGACGCUCAAGAAAGGAGACAAGCAAGUUCCUAUUGAGGUGAUUCGUCGUAGCAAGGAUGUUGAAGAGAAUGUCAAUUUGUACAAGCCUAUCAUUGAAGAAUUGGAUGGCAAACGCGUGGGUACUGUUGGUAAAGACAAGUUUACUGGCAAGAAUGUGCAAGAAUGGACCAAGGCACUCGAGUCAUCUGGCAAGAAGUUUGAAGAAGUUGAGAUCACUGCAGCAUUGUCAGCCUGCUUGGCCGUCAAGGAUGAUGAAGAAGUGCGAACAAUGAAAACGGCCUCCAAACUCAGUUCCAAUGUUAUGAAGUACUAUUUCAUUGAUGAGAUGUCGACCAUCAUUGAUGAGGAGCGCUCUGUCACCCAUGAAAAGCUCUCUGAGGAAACUGAAGGCAUCCUUGAUGAUCCCAAGUUAUUUAAGAAAUUACGUCUUCCAGAUGGGGUUGAUAAGGCUGAUAUUGAUUGGUGCUACAGUCCUAUUGUGCAGAGUGGUGGCGAGUAUGAUCUCAAGUCUUCAGCCAUGUCCAACACCCAAACCCUUCAUGCUGGUGUCAUUAUGUGCUCGUUGGGUAUUCGUUACAAGUGCUAUUGCUCCAACAUUGGUCGUACCUUUUUGAUCGAUCCCAACAAGACCCAAGAAAAGAAUUAUGAAUUCCUUCUCGAGUUGCAAGGCAAGGUGAUGGAAACGAUUCGUGACGGUGCCAAAGUGCGGGACAUUUAUCAGCAUGCUGUGGAUUAUGUCAAAGCCAAGCGCCCUGACCUUGAGAAGCAUUUGACAAAGACGCUUGGUUUUGGUAUGGGUAUCGAGUUCCGUGAGACCAACUAUGUCCUCAAUGCCAAGAACGUACGUGAACUCAAGAACGGCAUGGUGCUCAACUUAUCCAUUGGCUUUGCCGAUUUGGAGAACCCCAAGCCAACAGACAAGCGCAGCAAGAAUUAUUCGCUAUUGCUCAUCGACACCAUUCGCGUCAACAACGAUGCCCCUAUUGUAUUCACCGACUGCAGUAAAAAGAUCAAUGAGAUCUCCUACUUUAUCAAGGGUGACGAUGAUGCUGAGACAAGUCGUGGCGCUGAAGCAAAGGCUGUCAAGAAGGAAGCACCCGCCAAAACCGCUAUCUUGCGUAGCAAAUUCCGCAGCGAGGAACAAGAUGAGGAGUCGCGUGAGCAAAAGCGCAAAGAACACCAAAAGAAGCUCUUUGCACAAAAGCUUGCUGAAGGUCUUGCAAAAUUCUCAGGCCAAUCCGGCACAGAUCAAGAUGAAAACAAGCCCAAGUUCCGCAAAUUUGAGAGUUAUCGUUCAGAGUCCAAAUUACCUCGUGAAGUUCGCGAUCUCAAGAUCCACGUGGACAAGAGAAACGAGAGUAUUAUCCUCCCCAUGUACGGCAUGGCAGUACCUUUCCAUAUCAGCACAUUGAAGAAUGCAAGCAAGAGUGAUGAAGGCGAUUUCGUUAUGCUACGUCUCAACUUUUUAACCCCUGGUCAAGCAGGUGGCAAGAAGGAAGAUUUGCCUUUCCAUGAUGCUAAUGCUACCUUUGUCCGUGCCUUGACUUUCCGAAGUGCUGAUACCUAUCGUAUGGCUGAAGUUUACCGUCAGAUCAUGGAUUUGAAAAAGGAUGCCGCCAAAAAGGAAGCUGAACGCAAGGAGAUGGCUGAUGUCAUUGAACAAGAAGAUCUUAUUCCUAUCAAGGGACGUCGUCCACACAGAUUGGGUGAUGUCUACGUUCGGCCCCAAUUGGAUGGUAAGCGAUUACCAGGCGAAUUGGAGAUUCAUACCAAUGGUAUCCGCUAUCAAUCUAUCAAAUCGGAUAACUCCUUCAACGUCUUGUUCAGCAAUGUCAAGCAUCUCUUCUUCCAGCCUUGUGACAAUGAGCUCUUAGUGCUGAUCCACGUCCAUUUCAAAAACCCCAUCCUUAUCGGCAAAAAGAAAACCAAAGAUAUCCAAUUCUACCGUGAAGCAUCAGACAUCCAAUACGAUGAGACGGGUAAUAAGCGAAGGAGGCACUUGUAUGGUGACGAGGACGAAUUGGAACAAGAACAAGAAGAACGACGACGACGAGCCAAUCUCAAUCGUGAAUUCAAGUCAUUUGCCGAAAAGAUUUCAGAAGCUAGCGAUGGUCGUAUCGAAGUGGAUGUGCCAUUCCGAGAACUUGGUUUCACUGGUGUGCCAUUCCGAUCGAAUGUCUUGUUGCAACCCACAACCGAUUGUCUUGUUCACUUGUCGGAUCCACCUUUCUUGAUCAUCACCUUGAGCGAAAUUGAAAUUGCUCACUUGGAACGUGUACAAUUUGGAUUGAAGAACUUUGAUAUGGUCUUUGUCUUUAAGGAUUUCCAUCGCACACCUAUCCACAUCAACACCAUUCCCAUGUCACAGCUGGAUAACGUCAAGGAUUGGCUUGACUCUGUGGAGGUAGCAUUUGAAGAAGGCCCAGUCAACCUCAAUUGGAGUAUGAUUAUGAAGACCGUCAAUGAGGACCCUGCAGAAUUUUACAGAAACGGUGGUUGGAAUUUCUUGGGCCCUGGCAGUGAUGAUGAAAAUGCUGAAGAUCAAUCCGAGUCUGCUAGCGAGUUCGAAAUGAGUGAGGAAGAAUUUGAAGAAAGUGAAAGCGACGACGAGAGCGACUUUGCAUCCGAAGCAUCUGAUGAAUCAAUGGAAGAGGAAGAACUUUCAGACUCUGGUGAUGAUUGGGACGAGCUUGAAGAGAAGGCACGAAAAGCCGAUGAACGCAAACUCAAACGCAAUGGUGCUCCUCAAGAUGCAGCUCCACGCAAAAAGACCAGACGCUAA